CGCUCGCAGGUUGCGUUGCGGCGGCGGAGACGGCGACGGCGCGGGGAUCGCCACGUCGGAGACUCGGAGCCGGGGACAUAGACGGACAUAGAGGGGGUAGAUCAGCGGCCCCACACGGACCACACGGCGGCGGCGGCGGCAUGAGGUGGCGGGCGGCCACUGACGGCUCCACAUCCCCCCGCCUUCCAGCGGCCCCAUGUCGGCCCCCGCACCGCGCACUCUCCCCGUGCUGAGUCCAUGGUGGCGACGCGGCGCCGGAGCCGCGGGGUUAAUGUAGUGCAGAGCGUGCUGGCUUUGGGCGGAUCGAUCGCACUGGUGCUUAACUUUGAGCUGGUCCAUGCCAUGCCUGGUGGUCGGCGGGGUCCGAGUCGGCAGCAGCUGAGCCGCUCAGCGUUGCCAUCUCUGCAGACCAUCGUAGGUGGUAGCUGUGGCAAUGGGACUGGGAUGAGAAACAGGAACGGUACUGCCAUUGGUUUGUCUGCUCCUCCCAUUACUGCCUUGAUUACCCCCGAGCCGGUUCGCCACUGCUGCAUUCCUGAGCUGCCCACAGACGGGUGCCUUGUCUUUGAGCUACUCUUCUUCAUUUACUUGUUGAUGGCCCUGAUCGUUCAGUACAUCAACAUUUACAAAACAGUCUGGUGGUUCCCAUACCUUCAUCCUGCAGCUUCUACCUCACUGAACUUUCAUUUGAUUGACUAUCACCUGGCAGCAUUUAUUACCAUAAUGCUGGCCCGAAGACUGGUGUGGACUCUCAUUUCAGAGGCAUCCCAAACCAGUGCAACCUCUGUGGUGCGAUACACUUUGGUGAUAGUGGCUCGCUUGGUACUCCUCACGAUGUGCGGCUGGGUUUUGUGCUGGACGCUUGUUAAUCUUUUUAGAAAUCAUUCUGUGCUGAAUCUCCUGUUCCUUGGAUACCCGUUUGGUGUUUACGUGCCGCUGUGUUGCUUCCACCAAGAUAAUCGGAUCCAGCCAUUGCCCGCCGACUGUGGUUUUCUAUUAAAUGACCAGCUCGAUACGGGCACCAUCAGGCCAAAGGACUUCUUCACGCUUCUCCGAGAAUCAUUCAGAGAACAGUUUAAUAAUCCAACAUCCAUCCCCGCUCACACCUGCCCACUCUCUCCAGAUCUUAUCCGGAACGAGGUUGAAUGUUUGAAAAUUGAUUUUAAUAAAAGGAUAAAAGAAGUUCUCUUCAAUUCACUAUUUAGUGCCUACUAUGUAGCAUUUUUGCCCCUUUGUUUUGUUAAGAGUACACAGUACUAUGACAUGCGGUGGUCCUGUGAGCAUCUCAUCAUGGUUUGGGUAAAUGCCUUUGUGAUGUUAAUGAGUCAACUACUGCCUCCCAGGUACCGUGAUCUACUCCACAAAUCAGCUGCUCACCUGGGGAAAUGGCAGAAGAUGGAGCAUGGUUCUUACAGUAAUACACCGCAGCACAUAUGGUCUGACACAACGAUUUGGCCACAAGGUGUGCUGGUUCGACACAAUCGGUGCCUUUAUAAAGCUGUCGGUCCGUAUAAUGUAGCAGUGCCUUCCGAUGUCUCACAUGCCAGAUUUUAUUUUUUAUUCCACAAGCCAUUACGGAUGCUGAAUCUUCUCAUCCUGAUAGAAGGCAGCAUGGUCCUGUAUCAACUAUACUCUCUGCUUCGGUCAGAAAAAUGGAACCAUAUACUUUCCUUGGCUUUGAUACUGUUUUGUAAUUACUAUGUCUUAUUUAAACUUCUACGGGAUCGGAUCGUGCUUGGCAAAGCAUAUGCUUACCCUCUCGGUACUAUUGGACUGAAAUCUCAUUAGGAGACCCCAACAGGGGGGGGGGGGGGGGGG